AUGAUAGAAUUAUUGAAAAAACGUGCAGAAAAAGGUCUUAUUGCAUCAAAAUGGUUACGAGCUUUAUUAAAUACUCAUUCAUCAUAUCUUAUGACAUAUCCUGAUAUUACCGAACGUCUUGGUUCAAUGUAUGAACUACUUGAAUCACAUACGAAAAUUUAUCCAAAAUUAGCUCGACUUCAUGGAAAACUAUUACUUAUCUCUUCACAAAUUAAUAAUCAUAACAAAGAAUUGUCAAAUAAUGAUGAUAAACUCUCAUCAAAACCAUCAUUAAUUUUCGAAGAUGUAUCCGAUGAAGAUAUUGAUGGUGAUCAAACUCAAGAUGAACUUAUACCAAGUCCAUCAGAAUAUGAUGAUUAUUCUGGUUUAUCUGAUGAUCUUGAUCUUGGUAUUGAAAAUGAUGAUAAUGAAGAUGAAAUUGAAGAAAUAAACGAAAGUGAUACUGAUAUUCACUUCCAACAUGAUGGUUAUUUAAAAGAUGAUGAUGAUAAUGAUUCAUCCUAA